AUUGCAGAGACCGCUGCACCUCUCCGUGGUCUGUUGAAGACUUCGUCUGUGUUUUCAUGGUUCCCAGAGCACACCACGGCUUUUGAAAAUGUUAAAUCUGACGCUAUUGUUGAAUUGGAGGCCUUGGCUAUAUAUUGGGCUAUCCGAAAAUGCAGAAUGUUUUUGGCCGGUUUAAAUCAUUUUACUGUGAUCACGGACCAUAAACCGUUAAAACCGAUUUUUAACGAUCAGAUGUUGAAUUCCAUCGAAAAUGCCAAGAUUCUUAGUUACCGUUCACGUCUUUCCCCCUACAAUUUUACAGGGGAAUGGAAGUGCGGAAAGGAUCACUUUAUUCCCGACGCUCUUUCCCGUGCUCCGAUAUCGAAUCCGGACGACGAUGAGGACGACGGUGCCGAGCUGGAUCGGUCGAAUCUUCAGGUGGCCGUAGUACGCGCCCGUGAGGUCGAUCUCACUCUCGAGAAUUUGUCUGCCCACGCCCGCGAAUGUCCCGAGUACUGCCGAUUGAAGUCCGCCGUGGAAGGAAAUUCCGUGGUCAAGUCUCGAUCCGGGUAUGUGACACUUUUUAAGAAGGUAGCCAACGAACUUUCAGUCGAUAGCGACCUCGUCCUUCGAGGUUCCCGCAUUGUCGUCCCUCCUCCUGCCAUCAAGGACGUUUUAAAUAUGCUCCAUUCAAGUCACCAAGGGGUUGAGCGUACUAAGAGGCGGGCCAGGCAGAUUGUGUUCUGGCCGGGUUUCAGCUCUGACAUAGCAAAUAUGGUGGAAUCUUGUUCAGAAUGCGCCUAUUUUCGACCAUCUAAUCAACCCGAACCUCUUAUUCAGGCCGAUCAUCCUUCACGGCCUUUCGAGAUGGUUACAGCCGAUUUUUUCAGUUAUGGUGGGUCGGAUUAUCUGGUCUUGUCUUGUCGCUUUUCCGGGUUUCCAUUCAUCCAGAAGUUUACUUCUUCCUCAACCGCCUCGUCUUUAAUCAAGGAACUUCGCGAUAUUUUCGCUGUACUUGGAGUUCCUAAUGUCUUCAGGUCUGAUAAUGCAACCGUUUUUGCCUCGUCACUAACCCAAGAUUUUUUCAAGCAAUGGGGCAUCGUGUGGAGGCCAUCGUCGCCUCAUCACCCCCAAUCGAAUGGCCACGCAGAGUCAAAUGUCAAGAGCUUGAAAUAUCUCCUGCCCAAGUGUGGAGGGGAGUGGGGAUCGGAUGAAUUUGUGGCUGGACUAAUGGAACUCCGGAACACACCUCGCUCCGACGGUUUGUCCCCUGCACAACAUCUAUUUGGUCGUCCCAUGCGUACUCAAUUGCCUGUCCAUUGGAGAGCAUUUCUCUCUGAAUUCCAGCUUCAGUCCGAGACGGUGGACUCCAAGCGUCUUAAGGACGAUCAAGUUCGAAAGGCCUAUUUUGACCGGACAAGUCGGGUUCGAAAGAAGCUUUCGUUGGGCGAACACGUCCUGGUCCAAAAUCCCAUCACGCGUCGCUGGGACAAGCACGCCAAAGUUGUGGACAACCGAUCUCCUCGACGAUAUCUCCUCCAAUUUCCGUCGGGCCGCUUGUUGGAACGCAACCUUCGUUUUCUCCGUCGAGCUCCCCACCAUGGUUUUGUUUUGGGAGACGAUCAAUCUGAGGACGCCGUUCCCAGAAGGAAGAGUCAACGUGAACGACGUUUGCCGGAUCGAUUACAAGCUUGAGAACGCAUCAUGAUCUCAUUUGUUCAUUUCUCUUGUUUAUUUCAUAGUGUUGCUGUUUACACUCAUUAUUCUCGAAGGGGAGAUGGAGAGAUGCCAUGAAUAUUAGACGCUAAUUGCAUGAUGACCCAAUUGCUCACUUCAAUACGAACGUUCGAAGACGACGACUGAGAAAAGGAAAAUGGUUUUACUUAUUCUAAAAACGGAACUUA